AUGUUUUCCUGCCGUUACUCCCCACAUCCUUACUCCCCCUACUCCCCUCACCCUUACUCCCCUCACCCUUACUCCCCUCGCCCUUACUCCCCUCACCCUUACUCCCCUCACCCUUACUCCCCUCACCCUUACUCCGCUCACCCUUACUCCGCUCACCCUUACUCCCCUCACCCUUACUCCCCUCACCCUUACUCCCCUCACCCUUACUCCCCUCACCUUUACUCCCCUCACCCUUACUCCCCUCACCCUUACUACCCUCACCCUUACUCCCCUCACCCUUGCUCCCCUCACCCUUACUCCCCUCACCCUUACUCCCUUCACCCUUACUCCCCUCACUUCAAGAAAAAUGUCAGCAUCACCAGCAUCACCAGCAUCACCAGCCGUGUCAGCAUCACCAGCAUCACCAGCAGUGCCAGCAUCACCAGCAGUGCCAGCAUCACCAGCAGUGCCACCAUCACCAGCAGUGCCAGCAUCACCAGCAGUGCCAGCAUCACCAGCAGUGCCAGCAUCACCAGCAGUGCCAGCAUCGCCAACAGUGCCAGCAUCACCAGCAGUGCCAGCAUCACCAGCAGUGCCAGCAUCACCAGCAGACCAUUUGGCCCCCUUAAGUCCAUUUAG